UCGGGGCUGGAGAGCUGCUUGGAUGGACCAGUCCAUGGUCUGCACUGUUCUGCCCCCGCGGCAGAAAUCUCUGUCCCUGCGUUCGAUAGGUGUCCUUCCCGAAGAGCCGCUGGGAGGAGUUCUCCCUUUCCCCCAGUAACGGGGGGCUGCCGUUUGAUCUAGGUUAUUAGGUACGAUUGCGCCCCAUAAUAGCGACAUGCAUUUGAGUCGUGUUGUGUUUCCCCCCGUAGGUUGGCCAAUGAUUUGUCCUCAGAACCAUAAAAAGCAGGAGAGAGGAGGAUCCGUGAGCAAAACAUCUAUCUUCGGAAGCCUGUUUCAUCCAGCAGCUCUCAGGGACAGCCCCGCAGCAGCCUUGGUGCAGACAAGAGGAUGAAAUCGCACUCUCGGUGGGGGACUAAACAUGGAGAUACGCUGCGGCGGCCUCUUGUUCAGUUCCAAGUUUGACUCAGGGAACCUGGCCCAUGUGGAGAAGGUGGAACACCAGGAAGGAGAAGGGGACGUAGCUGGGAACAACAGCAGCAGCAGCAGCACUACUGUGUCUGCGGUGUUUGGCAGCUCCCUGCCUGCAGCGGACUAUGAAUUCAAUGUGUGGACCAAGCCUGACUGUGCUGAAACGGAGUAUGAAAAUGGGAACAGAUCCUGGUUUUAUUUCAGUGUGAAGGGAGGAGCUCCAGGCAAGCUGAUCAAAAUCAACAUCGUGAACAUGAACAAGCAGAGCAAACUCUAUUCCCAAGGCAUGUCGCCUUUCGUUAGGACCCUGCCUGUCAGGCCCCGCUGGGAGCGCAUCCGGGAGCGGCCCACCUUCGAGAUGAUGGAGACCCAGUUUGUGCUGUCCUUCGUGCACCGCUUCCUGGAGUACCGUGGCACCACCACCUACUUUGCCUUCUGUUACCCCUUCUCAUACACGGAGUGCCAGGAGAUGUUGGCACAGCUGGACAGCCGCUUCGAGGAGUGUAAAUACAUGUCACCCAGCAGGAGUGCUCAGCUGGUAUGUGGGGGCAGCUGCCCUUCCUUCCUCGACUGUCACAACUGCUCUUCAGGGCCUUUCUGCAUCUCCCCCCGCAGCACCCUCGACUCCAUCUAUUACCAUCGAGAGCUGCUGUGCCGCUCCCUGGACAAUCUGCGGGUGGACUUGCUCACCGUCACCUCGUGCCACGGCAUGAGGGAGGAGCGCGAGCCCAGGCUGGACAACGUAUUCCCUGACGAAGCCACUCCUCGUCCGCAUUGCUUUGCAGGGAAGAGGGUCUUCUUCCUGAGCAGCAGAGUUCACCCCGGGGAAACGCCCUCCAGCUUCGUCUUCAAUGGCUUCCUGGAGUUCAUCCUGCGGGAGGACGAUCCCCGCGCCCAGAUGCUGAGGCGCAUGUUUGUCUUCAAGCUCGUCCCCAUGCUGAACCCGGAUGGCGUGGUGCGAGGCCAUUACCGAACCGACGCCCGGGGGGUGAACCUGAACCGCCAGUAUCUGAGCCCUGAUGCAGAGCUGCACCCUGCUGUGUACGGAGCCAAAGCCGUGCUCCUUUACCAUCACAUCCACAGCCGUGGCCCAUCCGGCGCUCCCGACUGGAGAGCACACGCCUCCCCGCUCACCUCCACCUCGCUAAGCACAAAAUCUUCCAACCAUUCCAUCUGCAACUGCACCCUGGCCCCGGAGGCUCCUCUGUCGGAGCUGGAGAAAGCCAACAACCUCCGCAACCACCCCAGCACCUAUCGCACACUUUCUCAGGACCCCCAGCCGCUGGAAGCACCCGCUGCCGAGCUGGGGAACAAGGACCAAGCUGUGUGGAUCCUGCCUUCGGAGCCCACCGGGGAGCACUGUGAGAGGAAAGCCGAGACCCCCCUGGAAGCCGUCCUGCCCCAGGAGAGCGGGCUGGCGUACUACGUGGAUCUGCACGGGCACGCCUCCAAGCGUGGCUGCUUCAUGUAUGGCAACAGCUUCAGCGAGGAGAACGCCCAGGUGGAAAAUAUGCUGUUCCCAAAACUCAUCUCCUUGAACUCAGCUCACUUUGACUUCAUGGGCUGCAACUUCUCAGAGAAGAACAUGUAUGCCAGAGACAAGCGGGACGGGCAGUCGAAGGAGGGCAGUGGACGCGUGGCUAUCUACAAGGCCUCGGGCAUCAUUCACAGCUACACACUGGAGUGCAACUAUAACACCGGGCGCUCAGUGAACAGCAUCCCCAUGGCCUGCCACGACAAUGGGCGGGCGAGCCCUCCACCCCCUCCAACCUUCCCCACUAAGUACACCGUGGAGCUGUUUGAGCAGGUUGGGCGGGCGCUGGCCAUCGCGGCGCUGGACAUGGCAGAAUGUAACCCCUGGUCCCGGCUCAUCAUGUCUGAACACAGCAGCCUCAACAACCUGCGAGCCUGGAUGCUGAAGCACGUGCGCAACCUGAAGGGCAUGGCUGCAUUCUCCCGCAAGAAAGGCUCCAACGGGCUGCCCGCCGUGAGCUCCGAGAAUGCCCUCUCCCGGGCCAGGAGCUCCAACCACAGCACCAGUGGGAGCAGCGGCAGCCAGCAGAACUCGCCCCAGAUCAAAGCCUCACCCAGCUUCACCUUCAGCUGUAACAGGGCGGGUGGCCCCGCAGGCGGGAGUCAGAGCCCUCAGAAAGGCAGCCCGAGGGUCCUGGCACCAGUGAGAGAGCCCCGCGUGCAGGACAAACGGCGCCAGCAGCACCUGACUCUGCUGCGAGCAGCGACCAGCAGCAUCCAGCCACCAGCGCCUCUCCCUCCCUGUGCCAGGCGUCUGUCCCAGCCUCCGCCGCCCGCCAGCCUGCGCCCCUGCUCCCUGCCAGCCUCCCUCAGCCUGUCAGGGACCUCGCCCACGGGCACUAAGGCCGGGGCUCUGGUGAUCACCAGCCGUGGACUUCAGGCAGCCGAGCACGGCCGGGAAGAGCCGAAGACCCCCUAUGGCAUGGCGCUGGUGCAGAACCUUCCGAAGAGGCUGAGCACCAGGAAAGUCCUGGAACCACCCAGCCUGGGGCCGCUACGCCCCAGCAGGAUCCCCAUCCGCAAGAAGGCACCAGCAUGCGCCCCGAGUUUGCUGGGGCUCGGCAGCGAGAGCACCUCAGCCCUCAAGGUCUGGAAAUACACCCACGCUGGAGCCCUGGCCCAAAGGUCUCUGCCAGCGUUCCCAGAGGACACCGCAUCACUCAGCGUGGGGAUGCAGACAACAGAGCCGCUCUUCAUCUGCGACGACCCCGAGGGCCUGCUCAGCGAGCAUCUGCCAAGCCGGGCCCCCGACUCGCCCCCGCUCAGCUCCUACCACAAGAUCCUGUCCUUCUGCACUGAAGCCUGAGAGCAGCCACCGGCUCCAGCCUUCGCCUGUCUGCACUCACCUCCGUCUCCAGCUGGGUGCAGCCCCUGCCCCCGCGCUGCAGGGGACGUCGGGCUGAGCCGAGCAGCAUCCCCACCCUGCCCAGGGCUUGCUCUGCCUCCCCUUGCAAACCAAAGCUGUUAUGGAGGGAGAGUCUCCACCCAGCCCUGCUCGCCCUGCAGGGUCCGUGCCCAGCACCUCCCUGCCCGGCCAUUGCUGGAGCAGCCUGAGCAGAGAGGGGCACUGCUGGUCUCCCCAGCUAGUCCCAGAGCCCUGUGCAGGUCCCCGCUAACCUCCAGCCAGCUGGCUGAUUUGGGUCACAAGUUUGGGGGUGCCAACAGCAGCCAUGGUGCCAGGGGCUGGAGAUGGGGGUGAUGCCUGGGGAGCCGCUGCAGACACCAUCACUCUGCGUGUCUCCCUGGGCAGUGGGGAGACUUGGGCAGGGCUAGGCACUGGGUCAGGCUGCUGCACUAGCCCCUAGGCUGGGGUGCAGGAGAAUCAACCCGGGGCAAAGGGCUUUCUAGCAGGGGCCAGCUGGUGCCAGGGAGGCACCGCCCUUCUCCCCGUCCACUAAGCCAAAGCUCCCAUGGUGUGUCUCAGAACCCGGCCCGUGGGCAGCUCCCUCCUGCCACAGUGAGGCCUUGGGGGGCCGUGGCCUGCUGGGAUGGUGUCUCCCCACAGUAGCUGUCCUGCUUCAGGGAUUGGCCCCUGCCCCACACCCAGCAGGGCUGUGGAGGCAACUUGAGGGAGUGUCCGUGGGCGUGUCCUCGGGCAGAACCUCAGUGGGCUCCAGGGUCCCAGGCCGGGUAUCUCCAGUCAGGGCUCUCCCCGGCACACCCCAUGGGAACAGUUUGUAACCGGGGCAGGCUCUUGCUAAGGCUACUUCAUGAGCAGAACCAAGUCAGGCCCCGGAGCUGCAGGUCGGUUCCCAUCCCCGUGCCUGGGCCCCAGGCUAGCCGCUUUGGCCAGCCCCUCCCUGUUAAGCACAACUCCGUGUGGGCAGGGGCAGGGCUGGAGCAGCCCUGCAGCCAGCCACCAAGGCAGAGCCAUUCUCCUGCUGCUGCAGUCGGUCGCUGCCUCCCACUCGGCCGAGCCGCUAGAGUUGUUCAUGGGUUUGAAGCUAUUUUUAUGAGAUCGGGUUUGUCUUGUAACGUGUUUCUAUUAAAGUUUGUUUGGAAGAAA